AUGGCAGCCUCCAUCCAGCAGACCAGUGCGCACCCGCUGAAGUUGGACGCAUCCUCCGCGUCCGUGGCAUUCGAAGCAUUCGACCUUCCAUCAAGCAACCAGCGCAUUCUUGGAGCACCACAUCCCGCUGGCGCAGUGAUCCCAUUGGCACUUCGACCUUCAGUCUACGACAAUGAGGAAGUCACAUUAGAUCGAGCCAUCGAGACAAUCAAGUCUCUCCAAGCCCAAGAUGGCAUCCUCACCAAAAAGCUGGCACAACACGGCACGCUCCUCUUCCGUGGUCUCCCCAUCCACAAUGCCGACGACUUCAGCAGAUUCGCCCACGCAUUCGGAUACAAGCCACACGAGAUCAUCGGCAUCGUCGUCGACCGACCGCUCCUAGCACCCAACGUGGCACCAGCUAAUGAAGCACCCAAGGAAGUCCUGAUUUACAACCACAACGAGUCACCGCAAGUCCCACACGCACCAGAGUACAUCUUCUUCUACUGCAACAAGGCCCCCGCAUCAGGCGGCGAAACGCCCAUCUCGUCAUCUUUAGAACUCUUCAACCGCGCGCAGCAAGAAAUCCCAGAGUUCACCGCCGAGCUCGGCACCAAGGGCAUCCUCAGCAAAGUCACGUACAAAGUCGACAAGCAGUACGAAGGCGGGUCGACUCUGCGCCAGGCCUUCGGCAAGGACAUCAAGGAUGAUGACGACGAAGCCACGCGCCGGUCCAAGAUCGAGGCCCAGAUCGCAAGGUAUGGCCGUGGUAAGCACACGACCUCGGACUGGACCGACGACAACACUUUAGUCCUCACGCACAGAUUGCCCGCGAUCCGCACGCAGCCUAGCACAAACUUGCCGACACUGUUCACGGGCUUGGCCGCAUACUAUAAAACAACACAGCACAAUAAGACAGCUACAGCGAGAAACAAGGUGACGACUCAGUAUUUUGGAGACGGCACGCCCAUCCCGGAGAAGUACCUUGCCAAGCUGGCGGACAUUACGGACGACAUUCGCGUGCUGCAUAAAUGGCAGCAGGGUGAUGUGCUGGUGUAUGAUAAUAUUAUUGCUCAGCAUGGGAGACAGCCGUGGCAGGGCGAGCAGAAGGACCGGGUGAUUCUGGCUAGCUUGUUUGAUGGACACAGUGUCCCUGGUGCGUAUGGGGAGCAGGACUGGGCCCAAGUCGUUCAGGCUUUGGAUGGAUAG